CGGUGCCGGGCCCGGUGCCGCCGGUGCGGGCCCCGGGAGGCGGAGGCGGAGGGAGGUCCCGGUGCCGGGCCCGGGCCGAGCGGGCCAUGGUGGUGCUGCGGGGCGGCGCGGGCCCCGAGGAGCCGUUCCCGAGGAUCGAGGACUGCCUGCCCCCGCUGGAGGACUCCCCGUCCAAGCGGUUCUCCCCGUCCAAGCGGAAGCAGUAUUAUAUCAACAAGGCCAUCCGCAACUCCGACCUCAUCCCGAGGGCCAAGGGCCGCAAGAGCCUCCAGAGGCUGGAGAACACUCGCUACCUGAUGACACUUCUGGAGCGGGACGACUGCGGGAGCGACGAGGGAGAGCUUGACCACUCGGCCACCCCCAGCAUCUUCACCGAGGCCUGUAACAACGAGACCUAUGUGGAGAUCUGGAACGACUUCAUGAACCGGUCGGGAGAAGAGCAGGAGCGGGUCCUGCUCUACCUGGAGGAGGAGACCAGGAAGAAGCACAGGAGGAAGCUGCCUGUCAAGAAUGAAGACAAGUGGAAAGAGCUCCCGGCCUACACGCCCCAGGAGUGUUUCCAGCGCAUCAGCCGCCGCCUGCGCGCCACCCUGAAGCGGGGCCGGAUCCCCAUGGGGACGCUGGAAGGGCUGGAGGAGGAGCUGCUGGCCUUCUUCUCUGUCACUCCCCACUCGGUCUACACAGCGCUGAUGGACAACAGCUUCGAGCGGCUCCUGCUCCAUGCGCUCUGCCAAUACAUGGAUCUCGUCUCUGCCAGUUCGGACAUCGAAGGGAAACGUCAGAUGAAAGUGAGCAACAAGCACCGGGUGUUCCUGCCCCCCGAGCUGCUGCUCUCAGACUACCUGGGGCAACUGAGCUGAUGCCCCGAGGGCCGCCCUGCCCCUCCUUCGUCUGUUCUGGCCUCCCCCAGCCCCGGGGACCCUUGGCCCUUCCCUGCUGCAGGAGGGGCAGAGCUGGGGGCUCGUGGCUGUGCCCCCAGGGCUGGUGUGGGCAGGGCAGCCCUGCCCGGUACCGCUGUGGGUGCGGAGCAGGUGCCUCUCGCCCGCCCCGCUCCCGGCGCUGCCCUCCUGGAACUGUUUGUGUGUCUAUUUAUAACCCAGGUGUUUUUAAAAAUAAUCAGGCGGGGCCAACCCCCUCUGGCGCUGACGCUGGUGGGGUGAUUUUGGUCCAGAUUUUUCUGCGGUGAAACAGCUCCCGGCGGGUGCUGAGCCAUCGCUGAGCUGGCGGAAGAGCCCGGGGGCUGCCGCGUUCCGGCGCCCACAGCCCGGGGAGGUGUCCAGGGGGGCUCCCUGUGCCCUGCCUGCACCACGGGGCUGUUUUUAAGUGUAAUAUAGCCUGUGUUUUUUAUCACGUGUGUGUAUAUUUACGUGUGUGUGUGUGUGUGUGUGCGCUGGGGGGGUGCAGCCCCCUUCGGGACUCUCCCUGCUUGCCCACAGCUGCCAUGGGGGCAGGUGGGGCAGUUUUGGGGGGCUCUCUGUGUCCCCUGUGUCCCCGACAAGCUGCUCGCAGGGUUGCCCUGGGGGUCUUUGUAGGUUGCUCUGCCAUUAACUGCGGGGACUCCUGGGGAGCCCCUCGUGCCUGCUUUGCUGCAGUGACUGGGCAUGGGUGUGUUCAGGAACAAUAAACACGGUGCUCCCCC